GGUCCCUUCGAACCGGGUUUCAGGUCCCAUGAACAAAGGUUUAAUAAAGAUGUGGUUUUGAGAUGGAGGGAAGCUAUGAAGAAAGUUGGUGGAGUUGCUGGUUGGGUUUUCAACACUAGUGAUAAUAAUGAGAAAGAAAAUCUGAUUCGGCGUUUGGUGCAAAGGGUAUUGAAGGAGUUGAGUAAUACUCCAAUGGUUGUGGCUGAGUUUGCAGUGGGGCUUGAAGAACGUGUUAGUAAGGUGAUGAAGCUGUUAGAACUUGAAUCCAAUGGUGUGAGGGUUUUGGGUUUGUAUGGGUAUGGUGGGGUUGGUAAGACAACCCUUGCUAAGGGUCUUUUCAAUAACCUUCUUAAUCGUUUUGAGCAUCGUUGCUUCAUUUCAAGUGUGAGAGAAUUUUCAUCAAAAGAUGAUGGUUUGGUUUCUCUUCAAAGCAAAAUCAUUGAAAAUCUUUUCCCUGGAGGAGGAGGAGGGGCUCCCAUCAUAAGUGAUGUCGAUUUUGGUAUUUCUGUUAUUAAAGGAAGACUUAGAGAAAAUCGGGUUCUGCUUGUAUUGGAUGAUGUUGAUGAUGUAAAGCAACUUGAUGCUUUGUGUAAGAGGGAAUGGUUUUAUGAUGGAAGCCGUGUGAUAAUUACCACAAGGGAUACAAAAGUUUUACCAAUGAGUCAUGUCAAUGAGUUGUAUGAAGUUAGGGAGUUGUAUGAUUCUGAAGCUUUGGAGUUGUUUUGUUACCAUGCAUUCAGAAGAAAGGAACCUCCGGAAAAUUUUCUGAAUUUAUCAAAGAAAAUCGUGUCUCUUACGGGAACAAUGCCUUUGGCUUUGGAAGUGUUUGGCUCGUUUUUGUUUGGUAAGAGGAGGGUGGAGGAAUGGGAGGAUGCUUUGGAAAAGCUGAGACUAAUUCGCCCUAAGCAUCUUCAGGAUGUGUUGAUGAUAAGUUAUAAUGGGUUGGAUGAUCAAGAGAAGUGUAUAUUCCUUGAUAUUGCUUGUUUGUUUGUUCAAAUGGGAAUGAAGCGUGAUGAUGUGAUUGAUAUAUUGAGAGGUUGUGGUUUUAGGGGAGAGAUAGCUAUCACAGUUCUUGUGGAAAAAUGCUUAAUCAAAAUCACUCAAGAGAAUACCCUGUGGAUGCAUGAUCAAAUAAGAGACAUGGGAAGACAAAUUGUUCUACAUGAAAACCUUGACGAUCCUGGUAUGCGUAGUAGACUCUGGGAUCGUGCUGAAAUCAUGGCUGUUUUGAAGGAUGUUAAGGGAACAAGGUGGAUUCGAGGAAUUGUCCUAGACUUUGAGGAAAGAAGGUAUAAUAAAAAUAAGGUUGAAUCAGUUUUUUCAAAGAACCUUCAAUGGAGAUCCAGUUUAGGAAAUGCUUCAAGAUACAUCAAACAAAGCCUUAAGAAUCAUCUUCUACCUCAAGCAGAGAAAAGCAAUGAGGUUAUACUUCAUACAAAAUCCUUUGAACGAAUGAUUAACCUGAGACAGCUUCAGAUCAAUAAUCUGGGAUUGGAAGGAAAAUUUCUUCCAGCUGAACUGAAGUGGCUACAGUGGCGAGGAUGUCCUUUGGAAUGCAUGCCUUUGGACUCUUGGCCUCGAGAGCUGGCUGUUCUUGAUCUCUCAAACAGUAAGAAAAUGGAAAACUUGUGGGGAUGGAAAAGUUACAAGGUGCCAGAGAAACUAAUGGUCAUGAACCUCUCCAACUGCAUCCAACUUGUUGCCAUUCCUGAUUUAUCUGGAUGUAGACAUUUAGAGAAGAUUAAUCUGGAGAACUGCAUUAAUCUAACAAGGAUUCAUGAAUCAGUUGGCAGUUUGAUUACCUUGCGUAGUUUGAAUUUGACACGUUGCACAAACCUUAUUGAGCUUCCCAGUGAUGUCUCUGGGCUGAAACAUCUAGAGAGCCUCUUUCUUUCUGAGUGCAGGAAGUUGAAAGCAUUGCCUAAAAACAUAGGAAGCCUGAAAUCCUUGAAAGCACUUGUUGCUGAUCACACAGCUAUAGCAGAGCUACCCCAGUCCAUUUUUCACCUGACCAAACUUGAAAAGCUUAUUUUAGAAGGUUGCCAACAUUUGAGAAGGCUGCCCAACUGUAUUGGACAUCUAUGUUCUUUGCAAGAAUUAUCUCUUAAUCAGUCUGGAUUAGAAGAAUUACCCAACUCUAUUGGAUCCUUGAAAAACCUUGAGAGGUUGAGUUUGAUGUGGUGUGAAUCUCUCACUGUGAUUCCUGAUUCUAUAGGAACUCUCAUAUCAUUGACAGAACUUUUGCUUAAUAGCAGUUCAAUUAGAGAACUCCCUUCUACCAUUGGUUCUUUAUCUUAUCUGAGGGAGUUAUCAGUUGGAAACUGUAAAUUUCUCAGUAAAUUGCCUGAUUCAAUUAAAAAUUUGGCCUCAGUUGUUGAGCUUCAGUUAGAUGGAACAGCCAUCACAAAUUUGCCAGAUCAGAUUGGAGAGAUGAAACUAUUGAGGAAACUUGAGAUGAGGAAUUGUAGGCAUCUUGAAUCUUUACAUGAAUCUAUUUGCCAACUAGCAUCUCUUACUACACUGAACUUAGUCAAUGGAAAUGUCAGGGAAUUGCCACAAGAUUUUGGAUUGCUGGAAAAUCUUGUCACCUUAAGAUUGAACAAAUGUAGAAUGCUCAGAAUGCUUCCAGCUUCUAUUGGGAAUUUGAAAUCUCUAUAUCACCUUCUUAUGGAGGAAACGGCUUUGUCAGACUUACCUGAAAGUUUUGGGAUGCUCACAAGCUUGAGAACAUUGAGAAUGGCAAAGAGGCCAGAUUUAGUUCCAAAUGAAAAUAACAUGCUUGCAGAACCUGAAGUUCCCAUUUCUCUAAAGAAUCCCAACUCUUUUGUAAUACCAUCUUCCUUCUGCAAUCUGACCAUGCUAAUUGAGCUAGAUGCCCGUGCCUGGAGAAUAUCUGGGAAAAUUCCAGAUGAUUUUGAGAAGUUAUCAUCAUUAGAGACUUUAAAUUUGGGCCAAAAUAAUUUUCAUAGUCUUCCUUCCAGCUUGAAGGGCCUUUCCAUUCUCAAAAAGCUUUCACUGCCAAACUGCUGUGAGCUGAUCUCUCUCCCCUCACUUCCUUCAAGCUUGAUUGAGCUGAACGUUGAAAACUGUUCUGCAUUAGAAACCAUCCAUGACAUGUCAAAUUUAGAGAGUUUGCAGGAGUUGAAUCUCACAAAUUGUGUAAAAGUGGUGGAUAUUCCAGGUCUUGAAUGCUUGAAGUCUUUGAGAAGGUUGUACUUGAGUGGUUGCGUUGCAUGCUCCUCCCAAAUAUGUAAGAGACUUUCAAAGGUUGCAUUGAGGAAUUUGCAGAACUUGAGCAUGCCAGGAUCCAGAUUACCUGAAUGGUUUUCAGGACAAACUGUUCCCUUUUCCAAGCCCAAAAAUCUUGAGCUAAAAGGUGUAAUUGUUGGUGUUAUUCUUUCAAUAAACCAUAACAUUAAUAUACCUAAUAUAACGCGAGAUCAAAUGCCUGGAGUUAUUGAUGUUCAAGUAAAUGUUCUCAAACUAGACAAACCUAUCUUUAGUACAGUUUUGAAUAUACGUGGGGUGCCAAGGACGGAUGAAGAACACAUACACUUGUGUAGGUACCAAGAUUACCAUCAGUUGAUAGCUUUCUUAAAAGAUGCUGAUACAUUAUCUGUGACUAUGAGAAAUCCACCUUUUGAUAAGGGAUUGGAGAUGAAAAAAUGUGGGGUUCAUUUGAUCUUUGAAGGGGAUGAUGAUUAUGAUGGAGAAGAAGAAUCAUUGGACAAAGGCCUACAAUCUGUCUCUGAAAAAUUGGCCAAGUUUUUCAACACUUAUGAAGGUGUUGGUCCUAUCUAUGCCACUGAGAGUGAAGAUGAGUACCAAAAGGAAUUGGUGCAUGAAGAAGAAGAACCAAGAUCAUCUCAUGCUACACUUAAAAGCAAUUCCGUUCUUCUCUUCCUGAUUAGUCUAUUCAUUCCGCUAUUAAGUUGGUUUUACUUGAGGUAUAUGUCAUCAAGUGUUGCUUAGAAAAAGAGCUUGAUAUCUAGUUUGGAUGAGAUAAUGAUUGCUUUAUUGAAGGUGACUUGUACUUACUAUCAAGCACUAGUUUCAAAGUUAAUUGCUUGAUAAACUAAACAGAAUUCACCCUUUCACAACUUGUACUUGUAUGU